CGUCAGCGCGCGCGCGUGCGCCUGUGUCAGUGCUGAGACGAGCGCUAGAGGAGGCAGCAGUGGCGCAUCUCACAUAUCCGCCGCUGGAAUAUAACGGCUGCUUUAGGAUGUGAACGGGUCUCGGCCUCGUCACCGGCCAAAGCUUCCGUUUUCCCAUGACAAACAGAUGCGAGGAGAGGGCGAGCGCGCGCGAGAGUGAACGGUACAGGGGAGCGGAGAGAUCCUCGGUAUUAUUAUGAGAAAAGAGGACGGGGUUGUCGGAGCCGUAUUUGUUUUGCUCGCGGAGAUGAGGCGGGGGGUAGCGAGUCGCUACAAAAUCGUUGGGCUCCGGCCAAGCAUUGCUCUGUUUUAGCACAUAUAUAGCGCCGCGCUUGCGUUUUCGUCGUCAACUGACUCGUUUGAUCGUCACGGUUUGCAUCGCAGAAAAAUAAUGCAGCUGUCUCGAGGACAUCUGUGAGAUUUGCGGACUGCUGUUGCCGCUGCCAUGACAGACGCAGGCUUCACCGAGCAGGCGGUGUGAGAGAAGCACGGCCCCAGCUGCAGCAGCACGGCCGAUGUGGGCUGCGUUUACCGGGGGAGAUUAAAUCUGUAAAUACUGUUCGCGUUAUUCCUCUUUAAUCGUGUGCAUUCUCAGGGAAAAUGUCCUCUCGGUCUGCUUUACCGUCUGCGAACGACCGGAGCACAGACCAUCAUGCGUCUCUGGUGGCGAGUCGUUCAGAGAAAGGGACGAAUGUGUCGAGUCGUUCACUGGGUGCGAGAUGUCGUAACUCAAUGGCCUCUUGCUCAGAUGAGCUGCCACACAUCGGAAACUACCGGCUCCUUAAAACCAUCGGCAAGGGCAACUUUGCUAAAGUCAAACUAGCCCGCCACAUCCUCACGGGCAAAGAGGUUGCAAUAAAGAUUAUCGAUAAGACUCAGUUGAACCCAACCAGCCUACAGAAGCUGUUUAGAGAGGUGCGGAUCAUGAAAACUCUCCGUCACCCCAAUAUUGUCCAACUCUUUGAGGUUAUUGAAACAGAGAAGACGCUUUAUCUUGUGAUGGAAUAUGCAAGUGGAGGUGAGGUGUUUGAUUACUUGGUGUCUCAUGGGAGAAUGAAAGAAAUAGAGGCUAGAGCCAAAUUCAGACAGAUUGUGUCAGCCGUUCAUUACUGUCAUCAGAAGAAUAUAGUUCACAGAGAUCUGAAGGCAGAGAAUUUGCUAUUGGAUGCAGAUGCUAACAUAAAGAUAGCAGACUUUGGCUUUAGUAAUGAGUUUACGUUGGGGAAUAAGUUGGACACCUUCUGCGGUUCCCCACCUUACGCAGCUCCAGAGUUGUUUCAAGGGAAAAAGUAUGACGGGCCAGAGGUGGACAUCUGGAGCUUGGGGGUCAUCCUGUACACGUUGGUCAGCGGGUCACUUCCUUUUGAUGGACAGAACCUCAAGGAGCUGCGCGAGCGAGUGUUGAGGGGGAAGUACCGCGUGCCCUUCUACAUGUCCACAGACUGUGAGGGGAUUCUGCGCAGGUUUCUUGUGCUCAAUCCCAGCAAACGUUGCACACUGGAGCAAGUGAUGAAGGAUAAGUGGAUGAAUGCAGGGUAUGAGGGCGAUGAGCUAAAGCCCCACGUUGAGCCAGCGGAGGACUACAGUGAUGCCAAUCGAAUUGAGAUUAUGGUCGGAAUGGGCUUUACUACAGAAGAGAUUAAAGACUCUUUACUCAAUCAGAAAUACAAUGAAGUCACAGCUACAUAUCUGUUGUUGGGCCUGAAGACCGAGGAUGGUGCUGAGUCACGAGUUAGUGGCAGUAUGACUUUGCCGCGGGUGCGUCCGAGCCCAGUUACCAACGGAACCAACAAACACUCCUCUUCUUCAUCAUCUUCCUCAUCCUCACACAGCAAGACUCAGCGCAGCGCUUCUACCUACCACCGCCAGCGACGGCACAGUGACUUCUUUUCUUCUGCAGGUGGUCCCAGCAUGCCUGUGAUGCACCCUAAGCGUAGCCCGACCAGUGGCGGAGACCGUGAGCUGCGUGAGAGCCGCAUGCCACCGAGGAAGGCCAGCUGUAGCGUAAUGGGCAGUCGGACCCUACCACCAUCUAGUCCAAUGGUCAGCACCGCCAACAACCCCAAUAAGGCUGAAAUACCUGAUCGACGCAAGGAGAUGACUGCCACCACUAACAAUAUCCCAGGAAGUACUAUGACCCGCAGAAACACGUACGUAUGUACAGAUCGUUCUAGCACUGACCGGCACUCGCUGCUGCAGAACGGCAAAGACAACAGUUCCCUUUCUCACCGCCUCCCUCCCACCUCUCCGUCUACUCUCAGUAUUGUCGGAGCGGGAGCAUCCUCCUCCUCUUCCUCAGGUGAGCGCUGUAGGCUGACACGUGGAUCCACCAUCCGGAGCACCUUCCAUGGAGGUCAGCUCCGUGACCGUGUCCCACCCACCUAUGGACCUCCGCCCACGUCGCCCACCCUCAGCCAUGAUGCAGGAGCCCUGCCUCCGAAUGUCCGCAGCCGGGCCACUUCUAACUUGUUCAGCAAACUCACCUCCAAACUCACACGCAGGGUCACAAAUGAAUCUGAGGGAGUCAGCAGAUCUUCGGUCACAGGUGGCCAUUUAUCUGGGAAUCAGAAAGCGCCCGAGCCCUGGAGCGGGGGAAGGGGGUGGGAUGUAAGGGGUCAUCUCUCCCGUCCCCCCCGGGCCCCUGCAGAAGUGGUACUGGCCUUGCGUGAGGCGGCGAGGGGAUGCGGCUGCCAGGUCCGGCACGCUGGCCCGUUUCUGCUGUGCUGCAGUCAUGGGGCGGCAGGGUCAAAAGUCACUUUCCAAGCUGAGGUGUGCCAACUGAGUGUGGGUCCCGCAGAGGCAAACGGAGUACGCUACACGCGCCUGUGGGGGGCCCCCCUCGCCUUCAGGCACAUCGCAUCGCAGAUCUCUAAAGAGGUGGAGCUCUGAGGGGACGGGGAGGAGACUUGACUCUGAGACGUCCCCCCACUAUAUCCGUCAUUAUAGCGAACUGACGUUGACCCACCCACCUAUGUGUUAUAGACUUAAAACAACCUCCGAUCCCUCCUCCAGGCAACACUCAACACACACCGAAACUAGACACACGUACACAUAAACAAACACAGUCACCUUAAAAGCACGGGACACUCAAGCCUGACAAUAUGGAAAGCUAAAGUACAAAAACAAGCACACCCCUUCCAUGCACAGCAUAAACCUGAGCGCUUCUUAACAUGGAUACACACACACACACACACACACACUCUGAAAAGCCUCAUUCACCGGAUCUGGAUUGAAUCCAGUUUAGUAUUUUUAUUCUCAUUCUAGUCAUGAAAUUCUUACUUAAAUAAUUGAUGUCAUUCUUUUUUUUAACCACUUUUGUAUGUUUUCAACAAGUCUUGACAUUUUAAACGGGUCAUCAUUUUUAUGUUUUUGUGAUUUAAUGUGUCUUACAUUUCUUAAUACUGAGUCAUUGACAAUGUAGGACUGUAGCUGCCAAUGAACUAUAUGCACAAAUGUGAAGUUGGCAAACUUAUCCUAACUUCAUCAUAGCUCACGGUGCCCAACCAAAUCUACAUCGCUGGCGACCGCAAAUUUGAUCAGGCUGCAGGCCAACCAUCUACACUUUGUUUUUAAGAUUGUCCAAGCAAAAUUUUGUUCCCUAGAAAAAAUGUUUUUCUGAUGUAUAGUGCCAGUUUGCUUACUUCCUACCAGUUUUAAUUUAGAAGAGACAUUUAAUGCCAAAUGACUUUCCCUGACUUUCCCGAACAGGCUCUGUGAUUGAUUGGUUCUAGAUAUUAGUCCUUUAUUUCAACUCCUAUUCGUUGGUCCUUGGCAAAUAGAGUCUCCUCUCCAUUUACCUGGUCAGAAUGGAGCUGAGGUUACAACAAAGGUGAUUUUACAAAGAGAGAUCUAGUGUUCAGUGUUAUUAAAGACACAUUUCGUGCAUUGUAGAUAUCUGGAUUAUUUGGAAAAAAAAGUUAAAAAGAUCUGGAUCAUAUUGGACAUUGUUUAAUUGUCAAACUAAUAGCAAUUUAUGUAUGUAGUGAAAAAAAAAAAGAUUCUCUCUACCUCUAGUAUUAAAAAGCAGAAAAGUAAAAAUCAAAUACAGAAAUGGUGUUGCAUUGCAAAGUAUAUAUAGUCACAUUCAAUAGCAUGUGUAUGUUAUUGUAUGUUUACUUAAAAAUCACCAGAUAUCUAAAAUGCAGGAUGUUAUCAUGCAGGAGUGCAGGAAGUUCAGUGCUCUUACUGCUAGAAUAUAUUUUAGGGGCAAAUGCACCAACAGGGUUUAAAAAAGAUUUUUUUGUUUUUUUAAAUCAGUUGUACUUGCAAUCUUGUGAUAAAAUAGCAUUAUGUAUGACUGUUUCCAUUGCAAAGUCUUAACAAUGCGAUGUAACAUAAAUAGAGAUGCAGUUUAAGAUUGGACCACAGACAUAGAUUCAUGGAAAGGCCAUGUUUUUGCUGUAGCUCAUGACGGUUUUCAGCCAUAUGUGAGUUUGUCUAACAGAUGUGGAAGCAUGUUAUUAUCGACUUAACAGGGAUUUCCUAUGCAGGUUUGACACCUGAAUAAAAGAAAUACGCUGCUUAAGAUUAUUUUUCAUGAUUAGAAAUAGGUUUGUUUGGAGCUUUUCUGUCCUUUUUUUCAAACAAUAUUCUCGGCUUGCUUUUUGACCGAAUCAGUUCUGGUCAUUUGUUGUAUAACAAAUCCUAACUUUGCAAUAGUUGUCAAAUUGGCAAGCUUAAAAUAAACAGCAAUUCACAAGCGAGUGGAUCAAAAUGUAACUGUGAGUGGUGAUAAUUGUGCAAUAGCAAUAGAUGUUACUGUCAGGUUUAGAAGUUGUUUCUAUCUUAAUGUAAAGCCAUGCUUCGGCCCUGUUGGUGCUGCCAGCUUGUAGACAGUGAGAUACUGAGCAGAUACAUGGAUUUGAGUAAUGAGUCUGUUUUUGUUUGUUUUUUUAACUUCCAGUCAGGAAGGUGUAUAGGAAAUUCUUGCUAGUUCAGUUUGAAUAAACAGGUUGGUUUAAUAGGGUUGGUCUGUUAAGUUUUGAUUGGGGAGUCAUUGUGCUAUCAUAUGUGAAAUAUAUAGUAGAUACUAAAGGAUUAUAUUCCACUUUCUCCAUGUUUGUGAUGGCAUCUCCCUUGGUUUUUGAUCGUCUGCGGCAAGUAGGUCAGAUACUUUGAGAUGCUUGAAAGUUUACGUGUGAUGACUGACUCCACAGGAAUCACUGUGGCACGUCACCUUUGACCUUUAGCCACACGGUGAGCCCCCAGACCACAAGUCUGCCAUCUCUUUAUCCAUCCACUUUUUUGUUGUCUCGUUUACUUUAUUCUCUGCCUUUGUGCCACAAAUUCGCAAAGACACCCAGUUUCUCCUCGUCCGAUUGCCGAAUCACUGGAAAUCCUUGUGUCAUUGUUCUGUCUGCUCUGUGACUGGACUCCUCUUGUGGAGACGCUUCCUGUUUCAAACCGAACAGGGUAAGGACUGGACCAGUCUGACCCGGUCUCUGCAUCAGACCGGCUCUAUCUGGUUUGGACUGCUGAGAUCUGUAUCUGUUCGAUGUCCAUUAAGACCUCUGUGCACUCAUCUUGACUUGAAUCAGCUUCAUCCUAUGGCUCUGUGGGUUUGUACCCAUGUUUGGCCACCGGAAGGCGCCAAUGUCUUAAAUGUGAACACUUCAAUUUGUGUAUAUUUGCACAGGUACUUAAUUUAUUUUCUAGAAUAAUUAUCUUGGGAGAAAAAAAAUAAUAAUAAUCAUGGUUUAUAUCAGCCAGACUCUGGCUGUAUAUAAAGAUUAUGAUACUGAUGAUAAUAUUGUGAGUAUAGUAUAUACAGUAUCUUAGAACUCCAGGUUAAAUCAUAGCUAGAGCAGAGACCCUCUGCUAGCUCUCCAGACGUUUCUAUGUGUGCUGAAGUGAAACACUAACCUGCAAUCCUGCAUGAUUCAGAGCAAGGAUGGAAAAAGAUAGAAGACAAAUGUGAAAUUACAGGAUGGGCAAAAGCAAAAGAAUUUGAUGGAGAGAGAGAGUGUGUAUGCGUGUGCAUGUAUGUGUGAAUGUGUGUGUCUGUGUACUGCGCUACUCUGUUGCCCUGCCUCCCUCUCUCUGCUGGUAGGAAAUGUUUGUUUGUGUGAGAGGAUUAGGGCAGACUUUUGCUCUGGCAGCCAUACUUGACCUGGAGUGAAAGUGUGUCGGUAUGAAUGAGUUUUUUUAAUGUCCAAGGCAUUAAAAAACAGAGUAUUAGGGAGAAUUGUGAGUCGGGCGCGUCACAUCUGAAUGGUAAAUCCCUCCAGUUCAGUGUUGUGCUGUCUGUGACGUAAACUGUCUGCUAUGACAUUGGGUUUCUCAUGAUGCAUUUAGCUAAUAUGCAAUAUGACGAGAGAAAAGUCAGGAGGACAAACUAUAUAUAUGAGAGUAAGCGAGAGACAGGGAUUCAAACCUUGAUGCUGUUUGCAGAAAGUCAUUUUUUCCCCAGAGGUGUUUGCACCUCUGGCCAAAUAUUAAAAAUGGAAACAAAAGAUCUUGAGAGAAAUAAACUUCACUGAUGUUGGCA